AUGAAGCUUACAAAAAUCAACUGUAAAAUGAUGCCUGAGUGGGUAGAAAUGCCUUGCAGCGAGAGCCAUGCAGCUCAGUCUGCUCCACUUCGGACAGUGUGUCGAGACUUUGCUAUUUUGGAAGAUCAUACUUUGGCCCACAACUUACAGGAGCAGGAGAUUGAGCAUCACUUGGCAACAAAUGUUCAGCGUAAUCGUCUCGUGCAACAUGACUUGCAGGUGGCCAAGCAACUGCAAGAGGAGGAGGAUCUGAAAGCACGUGCUCAAAUCCAAAAACAUCAAAAAGACUUAGAACGACAGGACUGCGAGAUUGCUCAGGAAAUCCAAGUGAAGCUUGUGUUUGAAGCGGAGCAGCGCCGCAGGCAAGAGGAAAAAGAUGAGGACAUUGCCCGUCUUCUACAGCAGAAGGAACUGCAAGAAGAAAAGAAGCGGAAGAAGCACUACACAGAAUCCCAGGGGCACACAGGCUAUGAAGAUAGCUAUUAUGCAGAAAAUGGAGGCAGUAAGUUGAGGGGGAUGACGCAAGGCAUGUAUGAUACACCCCGAAGGGAACAGGAGUUGUCUGAUGCAGAGAUUGCUCGGAAGCUCCAGGAAGAAGAACUUCUGGCUGACGAGGCAGAUCAGAAGGCAGCUCAAGUAGCCCAAGAUGAGGAAAUUGCCCGACUCUUGAUGGCUGAGGAGAAAAAGGCUUACAAGAAAGGGAAGGAGAGAGAAAAGUCUUCCUUUGAAAGGAGGAGGCAUGAUCAAGACUGGAAGCAUGAUACAAGCGAGUCCACGCGUUCAAGGUCAAAAGAAGGGCCUGAAACUCAGAGACACAAAGGUGAAAGGUCUUCAAGGUCACAGCCUCUCCAUGAUGACUUUGAACACCCUGGGUACUACACAAGCCAGCCCAGCCCGUUGCGCCAGAUCCCCAAACCUGAGCACUCUCCUAAAGGUUCCCGUAGGAAGCAGUAA